GGAAGAGUCUAUGGGGAGUCUGUGUUGUUUCGACGACUUUGGAAACGUCAGAUUACAGCUGAAGCGACAUAAGUGAUACUUGUUUUCUUUGUAAUAAAUAUGGAUAAGUCGAUGACUUAUUAAUUUUACUGCCUAUCGAAUGGAAUUCGGCGCUCAGAAUGUCGAAGCUGAUGAAAGAUGUGGUAUUACCACCAAAAAUUCCAAAAUUACUUAUAGAGAAACACGGAAAUUAUUUAGCCUCCUAUGGUAACAACAAAGACGAUUAUGAAUUCUGUAUGACCGAGUACCUCAGGAUGUCUGGAAUGUUUUGGGGUCUAACGGCAAUGGAUUUGAUGGGUCAAUUGGACAGAAUGGACAAGCAGGAGGUUUUAGAAUUUGUAGCAAAGUGCCAGCACGACUGCGGUGGAAUCAGUGCCAGCAUUGACCACGAUCCCCAUUUACUUUACACCCUGAGCGCCGUGCAGAUAUUGUGCAUGUACGACGCUCUGGAUGUUAUAGAUGUUGAAAAAGUCGUCGAAUACGUGCAAAAAAGGCAGAUGCCUGAUGGAAGUUUCACAGGGGAUGUCUGGGGCGAAUUGGAUAACAGAUUUUCAUUCUGCGCAGUCGCCACUCUUUCGUUACUGGGUAGACUGGAUGCGAUAAACGUUGACAAAGCUGUUGAGUAUGUCUUGAGCUGCAUGAAUUUCGACGGCGGUUUUGGUUCAAAACCAGGCUCCGAGAGUCACGCUGGUUUGAUUUACUGUUGCGUUGCGUUCUUGUCAAUAACCGGACACCUUCACGAAAUUGAUGCUGACCAGCUGGGCUGGUGGCUAUGCGAAAGGCAGCUACCAUCCGGCGGGCUCAACGGGAGACCUGAAAAAUUACCCGAUGUUUGUUAUUCAUGGUGGGUUUUGUCCUCGCUAACUAUUUUGGGUCGUCUUCAUUGGAUAGACAAAAAUGAGCUGAUAAAUUUCGUCUUGGCGUGUCAGGAUCCUGAAACGGGUGGGUUCAGCGAUCGCCCUGGAGACAUGGUUGACCCUUUCCACACGCUGUUCGGUCUGACGGCCAUUUCGCUCUUGGACGCGGACUCUUCGUUGAAACCUGUAAAUCCAACGUACUGUAUGCCGCAGUACGUGAUUGACCGAAUCGGUCUUAAGCCCUCACGGGUAGAUUAAUAUUUACAAUAAUUAGUUGAACAAAAAGACAUUCACGCGACUAAUAAGAAAGAAAGAGAGGGAGAAAAAGCGAGAGAGAGAGAGAGAGAAAAGUAUACGAACAACAGAAUUGUCAAUUCUUGUAUACCGUUUCUGUAAUAUAUUUAAAUCUUUAUCAAACAUUCCUCUGCGAAUUGCUGUAUCAAAUUUUAUUCAUUCGUUUCUCGCAACUCGGUUGUGUAGAUGAACCUGUAAUAAACUUCUACCUUUAUGAUUA